UGGGACAUCUUUUCCCUUUUUUCGAAGCAACUGAUCUUUCCCUUUUUUCGAAGCAACUGAUCUCGCCAAUCAAAAUCCAACUCUAUAUAAAUGGAGUCUUUUCUGCUGAAUUUCGCAUCCCAAUUUCUCUAGUUUUCAUAUUGUUUUCACCAAAGCACAAUGCCGAGCUCUGCAAUCACAACCACUUCAAUGGCCGUGGCUCAUGGCCAUUGCACAAAAACCCAAUUCGUAGCGGCGAGAGUUGAAGACGAUGAAGAAGAGAAGUUCUUAACGCAAGAGUUUAAAGAUUUUCUUCUUUCUCUUCCAAGACAGAAGGGAUGGCGAACGCCAUAUCUUUAUGAAUUCCAAGGCUUUUGGUGCCAGCCAAAGGAGAUUCAAUCCAUUCUUUCUUUCCAAAAUCACUUCAAAUCUCGAGAAUCCGACGUUAUUUUAGCCACAAUACCGAAAUCUGGCACCACUUGGUUGAAAGGCUUGGUCUUUAGCAUCAUCAAUCGCAAACGUUUCGACGUUCUCGAUUCAAAAACUCACCCUUUACUCUACUCAAAUCCUCAUGAUCUUGUGCCGUUUUUCGAGUAUAAGCUUUACUCGAACAGCGAAAUCCCCGAUCUCUCGAAGCUCCCUGAUCCUCGACUUUUCGCCACUCAUAUUCCAUUCAAUUCGUUAAUGCUGCAAGAGUCGAUCAAAAGCACCACCCCCAAGAUCGUUUACUUAUGCAGAAACCCUCUUGAUACUUUCAUCUCUUCAUGGCAUUAUUUGACCAACUUGAGACCAAAAUCUGUCGCCCCAUUUCAAAUCGAGGAGGCUUUCAAAAUGUACUGCGAAGGAAUUAUAGGGUUUGGUCCAUUUUGGGAGCAUAUGUUAGGGUACUGGAACGAGAGCUUGAAGAAUCCUAACGGGGUUUUGUUCUUGAAGUAUGAGGAAAUGAGAGAAGAUAUUGUUUCGAACCUGAAGAAGUUGGCAAGUUUUCUUGGGUGUCCUUUCUCUGUGGAGGAGGAGAAGGAGGGUGUGAUUAAAGAGAUAGCGAAGUUGUGUAGUUUUGAUAAAAUGAAGAAUUUGGAGGUGAAUAAAUCUGGGAAAUCGAUCAAAAACUUUGAGAAUAAGCAUUUGUUUAGAAAGGGUGAAGUUGGAGAUUGGGUGAAUUUUCUUUCUCCUUCAAUGGUGGCGCAAAUUUCUCAAGUCAUGGCAGAGAAGUUGGCUGAAUCUGGUCUCACGUUCAAGCUCUCUGCAUAGAAAAUUGCAGGACAGACAAAUGCACCACAUCACUGUAUUAUCCAUCAAAUAAGGUCUCUCGUGUAUAUAAAUUUAGAGCAAUUUUAUCCACACAUUAUAAACGAGAAAUAAUAUCAUACGUAAA